AUGAGCCGCUUGCCACGCUCUGGCCCUUUUAAUUCAGUGACUGCUCGAAAAUACGCAGCAUCACAAGUGGCAGAUGCCCUGCAUUUGCAAAUGCAGGGCCCCAAGGUCCCUCUGCCACCGAUCUCACAGGGCAGCCUCAGUCUCAGGGAGCCAGUGCGCACAGCACGGCAGGCUACAGCCACGGCUACAGCCACUGCCGAACCGAUCCUCCAUAGCAAGCCCCAGGCAAAGCGCUCCAAUGGGGCGGCAGGUCUUCUUUCGAUGCUGGCCAUAGCUAUGGCAACCCUGGUCACUCGGUGGUUCCAGCCCUCGAAGAGAAGUUUAUCUCGGAUGAAUCGAGCUCGGAUGGCCCGGCGUUUUUUGAGUUAUCAGUGGGAGGAAGCCGGGAAGGAUGGACGAGAGAUCCGCCUAUACGUCCCCGUGGACGAGACGGUCAAGGAGAAGCACGUAGAGAUCGAGCUGACCGAGAGCAAGCUCAGAGUUGGGUUGAAGUUGCGAGGGCAAGUGAUAGAUUCCGAUCUUUAUGACAUGGUGAACCCGCAUGAAAGUCAUUGGUUCAUCGACCAGCAUGAAGGGCGCAGAUGUGUGGCAGUUACGCUUAUGAAGAAAAACAUGUGGAAGCGGUGGGAUUUCCUCACAUCGAGUGAAGCCGCCUGCUUACGAGUCCUUGGCUGCGUCAAGACAUUGCUUGCAUUUGGUUGUCUGGUUAUGUUUGUUCAAAAGCAGCUACUGGUUCGAGCCAUCUAG